GUAGUAUAGAGUAUAUAGUGUUUGUGUAUAUAUAUAGCAUAUCUGUGUAUACAUCCUAUAGUAAUAUCAAAUAUAUCGAUUGGUGGGACUGUCUGUCUGUCUACCAGUACUGUCAUCACAUUGUCUAUCAUGAGUGUGGUAUUGAUCGCAAAGAUAUCGAUCGGUUUGAGUGCCAUUUCAUAACAUAACAUACUAUCUGUUACUUCACACGCAUUGCUUCACUGGUUGUCCGACUCCUUGGCCGACAAUAAUCACAACAACAAUAUUAAUAUUAAUAAUAUUAAUAGGACUGGCAUUUGAAGGACUGGUUGGAUCAGAUAUGAUAAAACAAAUAAUGGCUUAACUAUAGAAUUCAUUGAUCGAUUGUAUCCAUGGAUUGUAGUGAAACUCAUAUCAAAUUACUAUAUGUUUAGCGCAAUCACUACUAAACCACUAUUUGCUUAUCAAAUGACUCAUAAUAUGAUUGAAUUAAAUACUUAAAAGCCGUUACUCUUAGUGAUCACCCGAUCGGCACAUCCAAUGGCCACACAAAAGCCCGUUGAAUGGGUCUCUUCAUUGAUCACCCGAUUUGAGGAACAGCUUCCGUGUCGAAGUGGUCCUCAAACAAGUCAUUCCCGUAUAAAUGUCGAACAAAACAAGGAAUCGCUGAUCAAUAUUAGUAAAUACAAGUUUUCGUUAGUCAUCUCUGGCUUGACUAAGAUCUUGCAUUCAGUCAACGAUAUGAGAGCCCAAACUCACGGUCAGAUUCAGCCAGAAUUUGAGCGUAACUUUUAUGAGUCACAGCUUAUUGUUUUAGACACACUUGAGAAGUGUCUCAGCUCUCAGCCCAAAGAGACGACCCGUUUUGAUGAAGCCAUGAAUGUUAAAGCAUUGUUACGGGAAUUAUGUCAGUUUAUUGAUAUACCAAACGAGAAUCCAAUGGCAGCUCAGUUAAAAAUUUUGGCCUCAAAAGUGUUAUUUGCUUUGAGUUUAAAUAAUUUUAACGCCGUCUUUAGUCGCAUAUCUGCCAGAUUACAAGAAUUGUCGACAAAUAACGAAGAGAAUCCAGAUUUUAUAGAUAUAGAGCUAAUACAACACAUUAAUGUAGACGUCGGACGACUUAUUAAACUUUUCAGUGAAGUGAACCUCAAAUUUAAGAGUCUUCGCAAAAGUGCUCAUAUGGUGCUAAUGACGAGUUUGGAGAAAGCCAUUUGGAAUUGGAUGGACACAUAUCCUCAAGAGUUUAUGGAUUUACAGAGAAAGCCCAACGAGGAGUUGGCCGAUUGUUGUGAUAGACUUUUUGACUUAUUAGACAAUUUUGCUGAAAAUAAUAAUAAACGUCGGGCCACUGUUUGGCCACUGCAGAUAAUGUUGUUGGUUUUGUGUCCAAAAAUACUCGAAGAGAUUGUCAACGCCGACUCUGGUGCGCCCUGUUCUCCAAAGCACAUCCGAAAGCGACAAUUCAUCGAUAAUGUGAAGAAAGCUUUAGUCCCGCAUUCGUCCAGCAAACAGUUGACGGAAGCGGCAGCCGUGACCUGUGUUAAGCUUUGCAAAGCGUCCACUUAUAUCAAUAUUCUGGACUCAAACAAUGUUGUCUUUGCUUUGGUUCAGUCUGUUAUCAAUGAUUUGAAAAUGUUGUUAUUUAACUCAAAGCCUUUUAUCAGAAGUCAAUCUAAUAUUAAUCAAGACGUGGAUCUAAUGAUAGAUUGUUUUGUAUCUGUUUUUCGAAUUACUCCCCAUAAUAAUGAAGCCCUAAAGGUUUGUCUUAACCCUAACUCGCCAUCGAUGUAUCACUUUGUGUUGGUCUGCUCUCUGUACCGGAUUGUCACUCAGCCACGGCUCGCCUGGUGGCCACUCAUUGACAUUGUUUAUAGUAAAGCUCCUGAAUUGAGAAUUAUGUUUACCGACACUUUGACAAAAGUAACUCAGGGAUGUAUCACUCAUACACCACUUCGCAUGAUUCAGAGUUUCACAUUGAAAGACAAGGUAUCCAUCACUAAGUUCAAGGAAAAGACAACCGAAGAGGGUUUAAGUUAUAAGAAUUUACUUCUAUGGAUGGUUCGUCUGAUUCACGCCAAUCCAAUGCUUAUGCUUAACAAUCAGGGAAAGGCUGGCCAUGAAAUUCAGAGUAGUACUCUUGAGCUUAUCAAUGGUUUGGUAUCUCUAGUUCAUCAGCCAUCUAUGCCCGAUGUGGCACAGGAAGCAAUGGAAGCACUGCUUGUUCUUCAUUUACCGGAUAAUAUAGAGAUGUGGAAUCCGGAAGCACCUAUCAAUACGUUUUGGGACGUGUCGUCACAAGUGUUGUUUUCAAUCUCACAAAAGCUGAUCCAACAUCAAAUUGUUAAUUACACAGAGAUUCUCAAGUGGUUGAGGGAAGUACUCAAAUACAGAAACGCUUUUCUUCAGAGACAUAAAGAAUAUGCAAAUUUAGGCUCUCAUAUAGCUAUCUGCAAACAGGCGCACAUCAAACUCGAAGUUGUCUUCUUUAUGUAUUUGUGGUCCAUAGAUAUAGAUGCAGUUUUGGUGGCCAUGUCUUGCUUUGCAUUACUGUGCGAAGAAGCUGACAUCAGGUGCGGUCAGGACGACUUGACGGCCACAUAUUUGCUACCAAAUUAUCAUGUCUAUCAAGAAUUAGCCCUUUCCAGCAAUAUUUUGACCACUGGUAGGGCAGCCCUACAGAAACGGAUUAUGGGUUUACUGAGAAAGAUUGAGCACUGCACACAAGGCUGCUCUCAAGCCUGGGAGGACACCUUUAUGAACUGGGAUGCGGCCACCAAACUGUUAGUUAGUUAUCCAAAAGCCAAACUGGAUAUUGUUGAGGGACAGGUGGAUGGCUUUCAUCGAACUGUUAGUAAGCGCCGCGCAUCUCAUCAAAGUACUGACCAUGAAUUGGAAGACCAGAUCAAUGAAUGGGCAAAUAUGACCGGUUUCUUGUGCGCACUGGGAGGUGUGUGUCUCCAGAGAAAAUCACCAUCGGCUAAGACAAAUAUGCCGGUUUCCAUACUACUCGAUGCUAGCCGUAAGGGCUCAAUGUUGAGUUCAGCUCAAGAUUCACUACAAUACUGUCCGGUCACACAAUUUGUCGGCCAAGUACUCAAACUAUUGGUUUGUCAUAACGAGAAGUUCGGUACUCAGAUCCAAAAACAUGUCAAGGAACUGGUGGCCCAUGAGAUUAGUCCAACAUUAUAUCCUAUACUAUUCGAUCAAAUAAAAGUAUUGGUCGAAAAGUUUUUCGACUCAAUGGGUCAGGUCAUACUCACUGAUACGAGCACUCAAUUUAUUGAACAUAUUAUCUUCAUAAUGAAGAGCGUCUUCGAGAACAAAAUCGAACACACGAACGAACACUUGGGUCUAACCAGUAUUGAGGUCAUGAUGUUAGCCAUCGUUCGCUACGUUCGCCAUUUGGACUCAAAUAAUGUCCAUUUUAUUCAUAUCAAGACUAAAGUUUGUCAAUUGGUUGAAGCAAUGAUGGCUCGCAGGGAUGACCUAUCGUUUAGACAAGAAAUGAAAUUUAGAAACAAAUUGGUUGAAUAUCUUACCGAUUGGGUUAUGGGUAACUCGCAUCAGAUGCAACCGCCCGGUUCCACUGAUUUGACACCAUUGCUGCGCGAUUUGGAUCAAUCAUGUAUGCAAGCCGUGGCCGCACUACUUCUUGGUUUACCACUUCAACCUGAAGAGAGCGAUAGAGGAGACCUAAUGGAGGCUAAGUCACAACUUUUCUUAAAAUACUUUUCACUGUUUAUGAAUCUUCUCAACGAAUGCAGUGAAGCUCUGCCCACUGAAGAGUCAGUUGUGGCUAAUCCUAAUGAUGUCAGCUCUCGAUACGCUAGAUUACAGGCCUCGAAACUCAGUGAAUUGCGCACCUGUACUAUACAAGCCAUGUCCAACCUUUUAAGUGCUAAUAUAGAUUCCGGUCUAAUGCAUUCAAUAGGCCUGGGAUAUCAUAAAGAUCUUCAAACGCGGGCAGCUUUUAUGGAAGUGUUGACAAAAAUUUUACAACAGGGCACUGAGUUUGAUAUGUUAGCCGAAACUGUUUUGGCGGAUCGUUACGAACAAUUAGUCCAAUUGGUUACAAUGAUUGGCGAGAAGGGAGAGUUGCCGAUUGCUAUGGCGUUGGCAACAGUUGUGAUGACUCCUCAAAUGGAUGAAUUGGCCCGAGUUUUUGUGACACUUUUCGAUGCAAAACAUCUUUUAUCACCACUUUUAUGGAAUAUGUUUUACAAAGAAGUUGAAGUUUCCGAUUGUAUGACUACUUUAUUUCGUGGAAACAGUUUGGGCUCAAAGAUAAUGGCAUUUUGUUUUAAAAUAUAUGGAAAUUCCUAUUUAAAAGCACUUCUGGAACCAUUAAUCAAACCAUUAGUAAUAGAACUGCCGGCCAGUAAUCUUAGUUACGAAGUGGACACCGCAAGACUGGAAGAGGGAGAGGAUGUUGAGGCCAAUCGACGAAAUCUAUUAGUUUUGACACAACGGGUGUUUAACGCCAUAAUUAUGUCGGGCGAAACAUUUCCAUCGCAAUUGAGAUCAAUGUGUCACUGUUUAUAUCAAGUGCUAAACAAGAGGUUUCCUAACUUUCCGCACAAUAUCAGUGCUGUCGGUACCGUUAUAUUUCUGAGAUUCAUAAAUCCGGCGAUUGUGUCACCAUAUGAAAUGGGAAUCGUUGACAAACAGCCAAUCUCUAAGAUCAAACGAGGAUUGAUGCUUAUGUCGAAGAUAUUGCAGAACAUCGCAAAUCACGUCGAGUUCAGCAAAGAGCAGCAUAUGUUGCCAUUCAAUGACUUCUUGAGAUCCAAUUUUGAAGCCGGACGUCGUUGGGUGGUUCAAAUCACCAGCGAUUGCGAGACCAUUGACCAUCAGGCCAGUCAUAAUUUGUCAUUCAUUAGCGAUGCCAAUGUUCAUGCAUUGCAUCGGUUAUUAUGGAACCAUCAGGAAAAGAUUGGUGACUACCUGUCCAGCUCUAGGGAUCACAAGGCAGUAGGCAGGCGUCCAUUUGAUAAAAUGGCGACACUAUUGGCAUAUUUAGGACCACCCGAACAUAAGACUAUAAGUGAUAGUCAAUGGAAUUCAAUGGAUAUGACAUCCACUAAAUUUGAGGAAAUCAUGUCUAAGCAUAAUAUGCAUGAAAAAGAUGAGUUCAAGUCUAUUAAGUCACUGAAUAUAUUUUAUAUGGCGGGCACUUCAAAGGCCGGUAAUCCUGUAUUUUAUUAUAUUGGCCGACGAUAUAAAAUUGGAGAAACAAACGGCGAUUUACUUAUAUAUCAUGUGAUUCUUACAUUGAAACCAUUUUGUCACAAACCGUUUGAAGUGGUCAUUGAUUUUACUCAUACCGGUGCUGACAAUAGAUUUAGAACGGAAUUCCUACAAAAAUGGUUUGUAGUUCUACCAGAAAUAGCUUAUGAAAAAAUAGUUGCCUGUUAUAUAUACAACUGUAACUCAUGGGUCAGGGAGUACUCCAAAUAUCACGACCGACUGCUCAUUCCGUUGAGAGGCAAUCGUAAACUCAUUUUCAUUGAUACACCGCAAAGAUUAGGCGAUUAUAUAGAGGUUGAUCAGCAACGACUGCCCGGAGCCACACUAUCGCUGGAGGAAGACUUGAAAGUAUUUAACAAUGCGCUAAAAUUGUCUCACAAGGACACAAAGGUGGCCAUCAAAGUGGGUCCCAGUGCUAUACAAAUAACAUCCGCCGAAAAGACCAAAGUAUUGAGUCAUUCAGUAUUACUUAAUGACGUUUAUUAUGCCUCUGAGAUUGAAGAGGUCUGUUUGGUGGACGACAAUCAGUUUACACUUACCAUUUCCAAUGAGAGCGGACCGCUAUCUUUCAUUCACAAUGACUGUGACUCUAUAGUACAAGCAAUUAUACACAUCCGUACCCGUUGGGAACUAUCGCAACCCGAUUCGGUAACAGUGCACACAAAGAUCAGACCCAAAGACGUUCCCGGAACACUACUUAAUAUGGCGCUUCUCAAUCUGGGAAGUGCUGACCCGAACCUCAGAACUGCCGCCUAUAAUUUGUUGUGUGCACUGACCGGUACUUUUGAUCUCAAAAUCGAGGGACAACUACUGGAAACGGCUGGUCUAUGUAUUCCUUCAAAUAACACAAUUUUUAUUAAACAAAUAAGUGAAAAGCUAUCCAUAAACGCGUCUCAUCUUACCCUCGAGUUUCUUGAAGAAUGUAUACAAGGCUUCAGAGCCUCUAAUAUAGAGUUGAAGCACUUGUGUCUCGAAUACAUGACUCCAUGGCUGCCAAACCUCACCCGAUUCUGUAAACAUUCUGAUGACACUAAAAGACAAAGAGUGGCCACAAUUCUCGACAAAUUGAUUACAUUGACAAUAGAAGAAGUGGAAAUGUAUCCAUCAAUUCAGGCAAAGAUAUGGGGAAAUAUCGGACAGGUCUCCGAUUUACUUGAUUUAACUCUCGAUAGUUUUAUCAAGCGAUCAGUCACUGGAGGUUUAGGCAGUUCACAGGCAGAAAUUAUGGCGGACACUGCUGUGGCAUUAGCCUCGGCUAACGUACAGUUGGUUGCCAUGAAAGUAAUUAGUAGACUCUGUCGAGUAAUUGAGAAAACUUGCACAUCUCCGACAUCAACACUGGAACAGCAUCUAAUGUGGGACGACAUCGCAAUUCUUGCUCGAUAUCUAUUGAUGUUGUCGUUCAAUAAUUGUCUGGAUGUGGCCAAUCAUUUGCCAUAUCUUUUCCAUAUCGUAACACUGCUGGUACAUACCGGUCCAGUUUCGUUGAGAGCAUCCAUUCACGGACUGGUUAUCAAUAUAAUACAUUCUCUAUGCACUUGUACUAAGCCAUCAUUCAGUGGCGAAACACAACGAUUAUUGCGAUUAAGUUUGGAUGAGUUCUCUUUGCCAAAGUUUUACCUCUUGUUUGGUAUUAGUAAAGUCAAGUCGGCUGCUGUCACAGCAUUUCGAUCAACAAUUACCGGUAGUCACGGCAGACAUUUCUGUAUCGAUCGACACCAUUAUCUGCCACAGGAUCGCUCUUUUAAUACAUCUAUUGGUGAACUUCAGGAUCGUAUGCCAUUGGCAUCAUUGGAAGUGAUCACCGAUGCAUUGCUCGAGAUAAUGGAAGCCUGCAUGAAGAACAUCCCGAACUGUGAUUGGCUGCAACAAUGGAUUGAAUUAUCAAAAUCGUUUGCAUUCCGCUACAAUCCAGCUCUUCAGCCACGAGCUAUCAUAGUCUUCGGCUGUAUCUCAAAGUCAAUUGUAGAUCAAGAAGUAAAACAAUUGUUGCGAAUUCUGGUCAAAGCACUCGAGUCUUUCCAAGACUUGCAACUCAUUGAAGCCAUAAUUAUGGGUUUGACUCGAUUGCAACCUCUUUUAGCACCCGAAUCGCCCAUUCAUAGGGCGCUCUUCUGGGUGGCCAUAUCUGUGCUCCAAUUGGAUGAAAUGGCAUUAUAUGCAUCCGGUUUAGCACUUCUGGAGCAAAAUCUUCAUACACUCGACUCAAUGAACUUAUUUGAAAGCAAUACAUUAAAAAACAUAAUGAUGUCUACAAGAGAACCGCUCGAAUGGCAUUUCAAACAAUUGGAUCAUUCAGUUGGUCUAAGCUUUAAGUCAAACUUUCACUGCGCUCUUGUAGGACAUCUUAUUAAAGGCUAUAGACAUCCGACGCCGACCACUGUUUCACGAACAGCGAGAGUACUCAAUAUGUUAUUAGGAAUUAUAGCCAAACCCCAUAAACGCGACAAAUUUGAAGUAACUGUGGAUUCGGCGCCAUAUCUCAGUGCUUUGGUCUCCGUUUCCGAAGAAGUACAAAGUCGUUGUCAUCUCAAGCAUCGCAUCACACGACUAGUCUCAGAGUCGCCGUCGACUAAAAACUUUUCCACAGAUCUGCAACAAAACACGUCGACGAACACUACCGGCUCAUCGACAUCACCCAAAAAUCCUCCGACAACUCCCACACAACAAACACCUUCACCUACACCACUGCCAUCGCCGUCCACAUCUAUGUCUUCAUGUGUGAGUCAAUCGACUCAAAUGACAAUAAUCGCUUCAUCAUACGCUAUGCAUCAGUUACAUCCACAGUCACCCUCAACCACCUCAUCCAUUGCCUCACAUCCAAGUACUCCAACCAAUAGACGACAGAAGUCGUGGGAUUUACUCGACCAGAAUGUCAUAUCACAGGCAAAGAUGACAAAAACGAUAAAUUCUCAGUUUCACCACAACGUUCACCAGUCAUUAUCUCAACCACAUAAAGAUCCCGCAAAACAUUGGAAAAGUCUUGACAUUGAAGCGGCCAACUCUUUUAGACCACUUUUCCGAACUCAACGAAGUUCAUCUAUGCCAACACCAAAAGUACACAAAACAGUCGAAAACUCGGCGUCGACCGGAAGCGUUGGUGCUGUUGGCGACAAUAAUAGCGCUUCCAGUAGUCGAGGCCGUGGAUCUCCUGAAGACAGUACAAUAGCUGCCGAUGAUAUCGAUGAAAACGGAAGACUUAAAGACAAAAACAGAAAUUCCAGAGUUUCCGUCUCUAAUGAAGAUAACGUACUCUUAGAUUCCGAAGUAUUAACUGAUUUUCCCACUCAAGCCCUUGUUUUAACAAUUCUUGCAACACUUGUCCGCAAUACUACCGAUGAGAUCGAAAUGCGGAUACUUUAUGAAUAUUUAGCCGAAGCUUCGGUAGUUUUUCCCAAAGUAUUUCCUGUUAUACAUUCACUUUUGGACGCAAAGAUAAAUAGUGUAUUAUCCUUAUGUCACGAUCAGGUGAUUCUUAGUGCUGUUCAAAGUAUUAUACAAAAUAUGAUCGCCUGUGAAGACGCACAACAACAGCCCCAUUAUCUUCAAACAUUUGGUUUCGGAGGUUUGUGGCGAUUUGCCGGUCCUUUCUCUAAGUCCUAUCAGUCCAAUCUGGACAACGCUGAGCUUUUCGUUAACUGUUUGGAGGCUAUGGUUGAGACAUGUCUGCCGGUGGACGACGGCGAUUGUCGGGAACUGGAGUAUCCGAGUACACUGAGUGUGUCGUCCACAAUGAAUCUCUCGUCAUCCAUGUCCUCACUGACAUUGGGUUCGCCAACCGAUAAAGAGAUGAACGCAACGGAAUACCAUUCGACUAAUUCCGUGUCCAGUGCUGCCAAUUGUGAGCCUAAACGUAACGGUGCUUCCAAUCAACACCCGUUCAUUAAACAGAGAAGUUUUAAAUGUAAGCUUUCGAAGAAUGCAAACAAACAAUAAAUUGGUUUUUCAUUAAUAUAUGAUAUAAUUGUUAUGAAUGAUUGAAGCGAUUGUUUAUAUACA